UUUUUCUCAUACUUGAAUGUGGGGUUAAAUAGAGCAGCUUUGAUGAUCAUGAAGAACUCAGUGAUGAUCUUUUUCGCCCUGGUUUUGCUCUUGGCAUCUCCGGAAGCUGACGGACAAAGGCCCGAAAACCGGCUGGAGCCGAAGCUCUUAAGCAACGAUCAGCUUGCAACCAGUAGCCGUCUGGGUCGAAAAGCUGACGUCGGAAGUGCUGCUACGGCGAGCCUUGUUGCUGCGCCCGAUCAGGAAGAUAAUGACAAUAACCCGGGGUACGAACACUACGGAAGUAAUACUGAUCCAAACAAUCUAGUUCACCAUUCCUACAUAAAUGGAACCAAUCCUUAUCCUAAGCACAAAAAAUCACCAUAAUCGCAGGUUGGAAGCUUGAAACUGGACGAAACUUCUGUAAAUAUCAUUAUGCAUGUAUGUACGUACGUAUGUGUAUGGAGUGUAUGCCCUGAGAAAAAAAAUGGAUCAAUUAACAUGUUCGAAAACGUGUCAAGUAUGGCACAUGUUAAUUAAGUCCCUAAAGAAAUCUAUAGUUUUAAUGGA